UUUGAUAGAUAUAGAAUUUUCGUUGUCUAAGAGAUGGGCACUAAAAGACAACCAAAAAAAUCGAAGAAGUCAAGAUAAAAUAAAUACACAGGACAUAUGUAAUGAACUUCUGAAAUAUGUUGAGAGCAGAGACAUAGAAGAAGAAGAUAUUCUAAAAAUUUCUACAAUACAAAAUUGGUUAAGCUCAUAUGCUUAUGCUUUUAAACAAAAAGCAACAGACAAUGAGCUUGAGUUGGGUAAUUUAGAAAUUUUCUCAUGUAAUAUUUUACAAAUCUAA